AAAAACCUCUCUCACCCCGCUAAAGCUGCAACUCUUCUUCGACUUUGCCGCAACGCUGCAACGAAAUAACCCAAGUUCACCUGCAGGCAUUGGCAUUGGAUUUUAGGCAGGGCCUUACCGGUGAGUCAAUACUAGUUUAGACGUUUGACUUGCUUUAUAUCUUGUCGUUCAUUACAAUUAAUCUCCUCCUAACGCCCUAGGUUAGACCACUCAUCCGUCUUUCAUAUUCACGAUAGCGAUAGCGUAGAAAUUUCACGGUCGCACAAUUACGAAUUGCCAGCCUUCAAACUUCUGCCAUCUGACGUCGAAUUUUCUCCCUUGAUACAAAUCGUCGCUUUCGAACAUAUUACCAUAAAUAUCACCGCCGAUACAUAAGAAUUUAUAUAGUAAUCGGCACCAUGGCUGAUCUCAACUCUUGGGAGGACGAUCCUGCUGCCCAGGACGACAACUUGUCAAGGCAGGCUCAGCAGCUGAACCUCAAUAACCAACCUCAGAACCCUGCCGCCGCAUCAUUCCGACCUGGCGCCGCGUCGUUUCAACCCACUGCCCAGUCUUUCCAGCCGGGUCAAGGUUAUGGUGGUGGCUAUGCUCCCAACUACCAGCAAGGCUACUAUGGUGGUGGCCAGAAUUACUACCCUCAAUAUAGCGGACCUCAAGGUGGCUACGGUCAAUACGGUCAGGGAUAUGGUAAUGUCUACGGACAAGGUGGAUAUAACCAAGGAUACGGGCAACAACAGCAGCAACAACAGCAACAGCAACAGCAACAGCAAUAUGCUCAAUAUCAGCAGCCCCAAUCCCAACAGAAGUCUAAGCAACAAGCGCAACAAUCCCAAGCUGUGCCUACCAUUGCUAAGCGAGGCGACCAGGGCGCAUCUGCUGCUGCUGCUGCUACGCCCGCCCCUGCUGCCUCUUCUUCCGACGCGCCUAAGCCGGUUGCUAAGCAAGAGGGAGGAACUAAAGUCUUGAGCAUAGGUGGAGACCCUCCGAAGCCUAAGGCUGCUAAGGUCCUAUCGAUCGGUGUUCCCGCACCGCCAAAAGACGAGCCCAAGUCCGAGAAAGCCGACAAGGAAGCCUCUGCCGACGCCGGUUCUAAAGUAACAGCAGCCAAAGCCAUUGAGAAGACUGGCGAGGCUACCAAGUCAACCAAGAGUCCAAGUGGCAAGACAUCACCAACGCCCUCAUCCGGACGCUCAAGCCCCUCCAGGGGAAGCAAAGCAUCUGUUCGCGAUGCCGAUGCCGUCGCCAACGAACAGGUCGCUGACGUCGACGAAGAGACCUUGAAGGAAAUCUACGGAAAGGAACAUAUCAAUAUCAUCUUCAUUGGUCACGUCGAUGCUGGUAAGUCGACCCUCGGUGGUUCUAUUCUGUACGCAACUGGUAUGGUCGAUGAGCGUACAAUGGAUAAAUACAAGCGUGAAGCGAAAGACUUGGGCCGAGAAACAUGGUACCUAUCUUGGGCUCUUGAUUUGACAAAAGAAGAACGAUCGAAGGGAAAGACAGUCGAAGUCGGUAGAGGGUUUUUCGAAACCGAGAAGCGGCGAUAUAGCAUUCUGGAUGCCCCUGGCCACAAGACUUAUGUCCCGAGCAUGAUUGGAGGUGCUUCCCAAGCAGAUAUCGGCAUCCUCGUUAUUAGUGCGCGUAAGGGAGAGUAUGAAACCGGUUUUGAGAAAGGCGGGCAGACCCGCGAGCAUGCCAUGCUUGCCAAGACUCAAGGUGUCAACAAACUUGUCGUUGUUAUCAACAAGAUGGACGACCCUACCGUCAACUGGUCCGAGGAGAGAUACAAGGAAUGUUCUACAAAACUAGCACAGUUCCUUAAGGGUACUGGAUACAACCUAAAAACCGACGUCUUCUUCAUGCCCAUCGCCGCCCAACAGACGAUGGGUAUCAAAGACCGCAUUCCGUCAGGGGUUUGUCCCUGGUACGAUGGACCUUCCCUAUUGGAAUAUCUCGAUAACAUGCAGGCCCUCGAACGCAAGACUAAUGCGCCAUUCAUGAUGGCUAUUAGCGGAAAAUAUAGGGAUAUGGGUACCAUGGUCGAAGGCAAGAUUGAAGCCGGCGUCUGCAAGAAGGGUAUGAGCUUGAUCAUGAUGCCGAAUAAAGAGAAGGUUGAAAUUGCAGCUCUCUAUGGCGAGACAGAAGAUGAGAUACAGGUCGCUCAAUGCGGUGACCAGGUGCGGAUACGUCUUCGAGGUAUUGAAGAAGAUGAUAUUUCGGCCGGUUUCGUGCUCUGCUCGCCGAAACGUCUCGUUCAUAACGUAUCGGCUUUUGAGGCUCAGAUCAGAAUUCUCGAACUCAAGAACAUUCUCAGUGCCGGCUUUAACUGUGUCCUACACGUUCACUCCGCAGUCGAAGAAGUAACUUUUGCCGCAUUAUUGCACAAGCUGCAGAAGGGAACAGGCAGGAAGAGCAAGGUACCGCCGACGCAUGCGAAGAGGGGUGACAGCAUAAUCGCCAGGAUGCAAGUUACAGGUGGCGCCGGUUCAGUUUGUGUCGAAAGAUUUGAAGACUACCCGCAGAUGGGCCGCUUCACCUUGAGGGACCAAGGUCAAACUAUUGCUAUCGGCAAGAUCACCAAGCUUAUCACGGAUGAUUCCGCUUAGAAAUCGAGAAACCAGAGUGAUGAAGCCUAAUGACGAUAGCUACGGCUUGAUAUAGUCGCCGCAAGAUGAAUAGGGGGAAGGGAAGGCUUCAUUUGAUGUAAGACCCCAAGGGGCUUGUGGGUAAUG